AUGGCUGACACACCCCCGAAACCAGAUGCUAUUCCGGAAGGUGGACAGUAUCAGCCUCCAAAACCUCCACCCAAGCAGAAUCCUGUUUUUCGCAUGAUGGGCAAGUUGUUUACAGGAUUGCCAAAUUUUCGAUUCAGGCUGCCCUCACGGAACUGGAUGAUCUUCCUCACCAUCACCGGCUCUUGGACUGCCGCUGUAGUCUAUGACCGUCGCGAGAAGAAAAGGGUACAGAAGAAAUGGUGUGACCUGGUCUCUCACAUUUCACAAGAACCUCUCGAUGUAAAACAAAUGCGCAGGAAACUGACAAUAUUCCUGUCCGCUCCUCCAGGAGACGGUAUCCGUCCCUCAAGAGAAUAUUUCAAGGAAUACGUCAAGCCAGUGCUCGUUGCUGCCGCGCUGGACUACGAUGUGAUAGAAGGUCGCAAAGAGGGCGAUGUAAGAUAUGGAACCGCCGAACAGAUAAGAAGAUUGCGGCGGAGAAGGGGCGAGAAAGGCCCUGAAUCAGCAGAGGAGAGAGAGCCUGACACGGAGACGCUUGUUGAGAAUAUUCGGGACGCUGUGAACAUCACCCCGGAGCCAGGUACAAGAGGCGAUCUUGUUCUCGGCAGACAUACCUGGAAAGAAUACAUACGAGGACUAAAUGAAGGCUGGCUUGGUCCUGUCGAGGAGCCUCGACCGCCACCUGAACCGCUCUCCGAACCAUCACCCAUCCAUCCUCCCCCGGGAGUUCUGAUAGAUGAACCUACCGGAGACACAGAAUCCCCGCAUGAAUCUGAAAUGAAAGAGGAAGAGAAGCAGGAAGCAAAGAAAAAACCAUCCCCACCUCCAGCAUAUCUCUCCAUAGAACAAUACUCCUCCGCACCUCUCUCCCCACAUAUACCAUCACAACUGGAACCCUCACAACCCAUACACCAACAACAUCUCCUCGGGUUCCUCAAGACACCCCAGCGAAUGUACAACUUCCUCAACCGCCGCCACUUGGCCGAUCAAAUUGGCCGAGAGACUGCAGCCAUCGUCCUCGCCGCAAGCAGACCCUACGAACAGACCACCAGCUUUGCCACCACAUCCGCGGGCCUUGAAGCCGACCCAGUAGCCACAAGAGCGCCAGAGAACGACGCCGACACCGACGCCGGCAUUGUGCAGACUGGCCAGACGUGGGAGCAACAGACUGUCCUCGCCAACGAGGAGCGAGCCUGGCACAAAUCAGUCCGGAAGCCACGGAAGGAGUGCGAUAUAACCGAGCAAAUAUGGACGAAAGACGUUGUGCUGGACACUCGUGUUGGUGAGCGGAUGAGGAGGUUCGCUCUCCAGCCCGAGGAAGAAGCCCGAGCGAACAGGAUCGCCAGCGGAGCAGAACAGUCGCGCGCCGUGCCCAUCCAAGACCUGCGGGCCGAGAAGGUGGUACUUGGGGAUAUUUCUGAAGAAGAAUAA